ACGUGCAAUGCUGCAACUGAACCUUUAGCAGAUAAUAAAGUUUAGCUAAUUAAACAUGGUCUCAUCCUUCACCCAUCCCAUUAUUCUCGGUUUACUGUGGGCUACCAUCCUCAUUUCCAUUGCCACAAGUAUGUCAACAGCAGAACAGUCGCCAUUGGAGUCUGAAGCCAAAGCUGUGUUAGAGAGUGGAUGGUGGAAUGGCUAUAGCAACGACACUUCACAACGUUGCAAGUGGCCUGGUAUCUCAUGCAACUUUGCUGGAAUCAUCACCGAAAUUGAUCUUAGUGAUCGUGGGCUUGGUGGAAAUAUCCCGCCGGGAAUAGGUGAUCUAUCGGCAUUGGAGUACCUUGACUUGUCCAAUUGUGAUUUAUCUGGUGAGUUACCUACUUCUCUUGGAAACCUUAGCCUUUUACACUUUCUAGGCCUUUCCCGUAAUUAUAUUCAUGGUCCUAUCCCUUCUGCUUUGGGUCAAUUAACCAAUUUGCGAACUUUGAGUCUUGCUGGUAACCAAAUUAAUGGAUCCAUCCCUUCUGCUUUGGGUCAAUUAACCAAUUUGCAAAUUUUGAACCUUGCUUAUAACCAACUUGAAGGUUCCAUCCCUUCUGCUUUGGGUCAAUUAACCAAUUUGCAAUAUUUGUACCUUUAUGAUAACCAACUUGAAGGUUCCAUCCCUCAGGAAAUUGAAAAACUGAAGAACCUCAGAGUUUUAGCCAUCACAAAUAAUAGUUUUAUUGGUCAUGAUAUUCCUCUACUUCUGUGUCAUUUAACAAAAUUGGAACAUAUUAACCUUGGUCUAAAUCAAUUCACUGGUUCAAUCCCUUCUUGUCUUUGUAAUUUAGAAGCCUUAUUUUCAUUAUACCUCUCCCAAAACAGAUUGAUUGGUUCCAUCCCAUCUUGUGUUGGUAAUUUGUACAACUUGACUUUCUUGGAUCUUCAUUCAAAUCAAUUACAAGGUUCAAUUCCUUCAGAUAUUGGGAAUUUAGAAGCACUAAUAUCAUUAGACCUCUCCCAGAACAGAUUGAAUGGUUCCAUCCCCUCUCAGAUUGCCAUGCUUCAUAGGUUGUCAGAAUUAAACCUCACCUUCAACCAACUCUCCGGUUAUGUCCCUAAUUUGUAUGCUACUAAGCUUCUUAUUGUCGAUAAUAGUAAUGACUGUUACAAGAUUUAUCCCGAUCCUUUCGAAGGAAACAAGGCUUUAUCGCCUUGUAUGAAUUCUUUGGUAACCAACAAUGCCACAAACAAUAAAAGUCCUCCCUAUAUCAAAAUAUGCCUCCCUAUUGCCAUCUUUUAUACUUUCUCCAUUCUUGGUUGUUUGUUCUUUUCGCGCGUUAAGGCCAAUAAUAAACCUGCUGGAGGACGACCGACAAAGAACGGGGACAUAUGUUCCAUAUGGAACUACGAUGGAAAGAUAGCAUACGAGGAUAUCAUCGCAGCAACAGAGGAUUUCGACUUUCGCUACUGUAUCGGAGUUGGUGGUUACGGAAGCGUUUACAGAGCACAACUCCCUUGUGGAAAAGUUGUUGCCUUGAAGAAACUUCAUCGUUUAGAAGCUGAAAAUCCUGCCUUCGACAAGAGUUUCAGGAACGAGAUCAAGUUUCUAACAGAGAUACGACAUCGAAAUAUUGUGAAGCUUCAUGGAUUUUGUCUGCACCGACGCUCCAUGUUCUUGAUCUACGAAUACAUGGAGAAAGGGAGUUUAUUCUACAACCUAAGAGAUGAAGUGGAAGCAGUGGAAAUGGAUUGGACGAAAAGAAUUGAGAUCAUCAAAGGCAUGGCGCAUGUUUUGUCUUACUUGCACCAUGAUUGCACCCCUCCUAUAGUUCAUCGAGACAUAUCAAGUAACAAUGUUCUGUUGAACUCGAGCUUUCAAGCUUUUGUGGCUGACUUUGGAACUGCUAGAAUGUUGGAUCUUGAUUCAUCUAAUCACACCAUUCUUGUUGGAACUCGUGGCUAUAUAGCUCCAGAACUUGCCUAUACAAUGGUUGUCACCGAAAAAUGUGAUGUGUAUAGUUUUGGAGUGGUGGCACUGGAAACACUAAUGGGAAAGCAUCCAGAAGAAGUGUUGUCGUGGUUGCCAUCACCAUCUUCUUUGGUGAAUACGAAGUUAAUUGAUGUGUUAGACAAUUGUUUACCACUUCCAACAAGCCAACUUGUUGCACAAAAUCUUGUUCACGUUGCUACAUUGAUUUUUGCUUGUUUAAAUCAACGACCGAAGCUACGGCCAACAAUGAAAGAAGUGUGCAAAGAGUUCCUUUCUCGCCAAACAUCCUUGAAUGUUCCCCUUCGGAUGAUUUCUUUGUUUCAACUUGUGAAGCAUGAAAUGCAUAUAGGAGAAAGUUCUGAUACUUGUAAUGUUUAGACUAAAUGAUUCUUUGUACAAUGAAACAGGAAGAACAAGAAUCUAUGAACUAAU